UCAGAUUCAUGGAAGCUGGAUUCUCAAAUGAAACGUUGCAGUAGUCAGUCUAUGAUAGCUGGCAGAAAACUGAGCAAAGUUUUGGGACCUCUCGGAGGUUUUCUCCAGCCGGCAGAGCUCCUGUCAGGACCCGUUCUGUGUCGGUCUGCGGUCCGCUCGGUCCUAAAGUUAAUGACGGUUGCUGACGGAGACUCUUUAGCGCUCAUCAUGCCUGUCCGAGCGGAGAGCCGCAGCAGCAGCUCCGUGGCGGCCUGCCCGUCCUCGGCCUCUCUUGUUCCCCCCGCCCCGAUCAACACCUCCCAGCCGGGGCUGGCCGCCUCGCUGCUGCACAGCGGAGCUCAGUUUCGGGGAUAUCAGAAGAGCAAAGGCAACUCCUACGACGUGGAGGUUGUUUUGCAGCAUGUGACUGUGGAGGACUCGUAUUUGUGUGGAUACCUGAAGAUCAAAGGUCUGACUGAGGAGUAUCCCACUCUCACAACGUUCUUUGCCGGUGAAAUUAUCAGUCGAAAAAGACCUUUUUUAACUAGGAAAUGGGACGCAGACGAGGAUGUGGACAGAAAGCAUUGGGGAAAGUUCCAGCCUUUUUGCAAAUACGCCAAAAGCUUCAACUCAGACGACUUUGACUACGAAGCGUUGGACAGCAGUGAUUAUGUCUUCAUGAGGUGGAAGGAGCAGUUUCUAGUCCCCGACCACACGAUCAAAGACAUCAGCGGUGCCUCCUUCGCCGGCUUCUACUACAUCUGUUUCCAGAAGUCCACCGCCACUAUCGAGGGCUAUUAUUAUCAUCGGAGCUCAGAAUGGUACCAGUCUCUAAACCUGAACCAUGUUCCAGAGCACAGCGUGCCUAUUUAUGAGUUUCGGUGACGAAGGCACACGGCAGUACCGAGUGAAGAAGGGGACAGUUGAAACGGCCCCGUGGUUAAAUGGGACGGGAACAACAGAGAGCCCUUUAGUGCCAAGACUGGAGCUGAGCCGUUCUUCCUCCCUACGGGGGAAUCAAACAUGUGGUCAGAUACUCCGACGCUGAAAGAAAGAAAGAAAGAAAGAAAGAAAGAAAGAAGGCACGAAGAGAGAAGGAUCAGUGACAGACGGACGGUUCUUCCAGUCACUGUGGAGCUCGUGUUUACCUCCGCUUUCAUUUUUCAUUUCAUUUUCUCCCUUUUUUGGGGUCUGUUUUUUUUUUUUUUUUUUUUUCAAUGUUUCUUUAUAGGAUCUGUUGUUGGACAUUGAAAUAUGUUCCUGUUUUCCUUCUGUGGAGAAACAUAAUUGCCUUUCAAAAUAAGAGUUGCAAAAGAAAUGAGUAUAACAGGUAUACGUUACAGUGAAGCUUAAUUCAAAUAAUCUUAUUUUAAAUGGCUUUGACGCCCCCUCAUAGUGUUUAUGGCAGAGUAUGAAAAAUGGAAAAUUAGCAAUGAUGCUGCUUUUUAUGCAAGGUCUGCUCUCAGGGACGUGUGUUCAGGCAGUAUGUGUUCAAUAAGUGGAAACCAACAAACAAACUCAACAACAAGUCUUCAGAUGACGUAACGUCAAUAUUUUUCGCUAUGCAAGCCAAAGUCACUAGUAGGUAGGAUAUCUAACAGCACCUAACUUAUUUUAUUUUCAGAUGAUUUAUCUUCCAAAGUGAAUUAUUUAUUUUUUUAAAUCGAGAAGAGUGAAAAAUGCACAAUUAAAAAAAUUAAGACUAGGUAGAUUUAUUUAAUUAAAAUGACCACUUAUAUUAUAAAAUAAACAGAAUUUGAAGCUCAAACAUGUGACAGCACAUUCCUACUCAAUUUGUUUUAAAAAAAAAUGGAAGAUUUUCAGUCACAUAAUAAAUAGGUCUUGACAAAUGGUAAAACAAAGGAUAUAUAUACACACA